AUGUCCGGGAGCAAUGAUAAAGUGUCGACUACGCAGCGUAUGAUCCAAAGUGUCGCUUUCCCUCCUAGCCACAAGCUUACUGUAUCUGAAGUAUUCGAUGAAAAAACUGGAAAACCUCUACCAGAUGUACUGAAGCAACACUUUAUCUUAGAGGGUCGAAUCGAAGAAAAUGCAGCUUUACGAAUCAUCCAAGAUGGUGCCACCUUAUUACGAUCUGAAAAAACUAUGAUCGAGAUUGAUUCACCGGUGACCGUCUGCGGAGACGUCCAUGGCCAAUUUUACGAUUUGAUGAAAUUGUUUGAAGUGGGAGGCUCACCCUCAUGCACCAAGUAUUUAUUCUUAGGUGAUUAUGUCGACCGAGGUUAUUUUAGUAUAGAAUGUGUUCUCUACCUCUGGGCUUUGAAAUUGUGCUAUCCGAAGACAUUAUUUCUAUUACGCGGUAAUCAUGAAUGCCGACAUUUGACAGAAUAUUUUACUUUCAAACAAGAAUGCAAAAUUAAGUAUUCUGAAAAAGUGUAUGAUUCAUGUAUGGAUGCCUUUGACUGCUUACCUCUUGCUGCUCUUAUGAAUCAGCAGUUCCUAUGUGUACAUGGAGGUCUUUCUCCCGAGAUUACCAGCUUAGAUGAUAUUCGUAAACUAGAUAGAUUCAAAGAACCACCUGCAUUUGGAGCAAUGUGUGAUCUGCUAUGGUCUGAUCCUCUUGAAGAUUUUGGAAAUGAAAAAAAUGCAGAACAUUUUUCGCACAACUCUGUUAGAGGUUGCUCAUACUUUUACAGCUAUGCUGCUUGCUGUGACUUUCUACAGAGAAACAAUUUAUUAUCAAUCAUCCGUGCCCAUGAGGCACAAGAUGCUGGCUAUCGAAUGUAUCGUAAAAGCCAAACUACUGGGUUCCCAAGUCUUAUUACCAUUUUCUCUGCCCCAAAUUACUUGGAUGUCUACAACAAUAAGGCUGCUGUUUUAAAAUAUGAGAAUAAUGUGAUGAACAUUCGACAAUUUAAUUGUUCUCCUCAUCCAUACUGGCUACCAAACUUUAUGGAUGUUUUUACCUGGUCACUUCCAUUUGUAGGUGAAAAAGUGACAGAGAUGUUGGUUAAUGUCUUAAAUAUUUGCUCUGAUGAUGAGUUAAUGUCAGAAGGAGAUGAUGCAUUGGAGGAAGCUAAUCUCAGGAAAGAAGUUAUUCGUAAUAAAAUCCGUGCUAUUGGAAAAAUGGCGCAUGUCUUUUCAGUACUACGUGAGGAAAGUGAGUCUGUCUUGCAGCUCAAGGGGCUCACCCCUACUGGUGCUCUACCCUUGGGUGCAUUAUCCGGUGGCAAAACAUCUCUCAAAAAUGCUCUACAAGGAUUUUCACCCAACCAUAAGAUCACCUCCUUUGCUGAGGCAAAAGGCUUAGAUGCUAUCAAUGAGAGGAUGCCACCACGUAGAGAUGGGCAGCGUACUCCAGAUGCACAAGACAAAAAGCCUCAUGUCAACAGCAAUGCACACUCG